UUUUUUUUUUUAAUGAUCUAAUUUAAUUGUAAUGAUGUUUUCGUAUUCAUCGUACAACUCAUUUAUAAUUUAUAAUAAUCUGCUAGUAUUGUUUGCCAUUUUGGUAAUCAAUCAUUUUGCAACAGUAUUUGAUAUUCGAAUUGUAUCUUACUUGUUGAACACUCGUGUUGCCAUUAUAUUAGAAUGCUUCUUAACAACUCUUUGUAGCUAUAAUAUAUAUAAAGUAACAAAACAUAUAAUCAAUCCUUUCUUUUCAAAGUUAAACGUUCCAUUCAAGCUUUACACACAUCAAAGUGGUCCUCUUUUAAAUAGACUUGAACUUGUAUUUAAAUGUCUAAUGGAUGAAUGGAAAUCUUUGAAAAAACCGACAACUAUUCAAAACCCUAUUACUACAGAAGUGAAUAACAAUAAGACUGAAGAUAAGAAGUUUAUUGAAUUAUUUACAUACAAAACAAAGCCAACUACAUCGUUGAAUAAUAGAUUAUACAAUCAACCAAAAUCGACCCUUUUGACGAAUAACCCAGUUACGACUACUACUAGUAACCCAUUUAAUACAAAAGGCUUCAAUUUGAAUGAGAUGCAAAUCAAUCAAACUGGUUUAAAUCAAUUACUUCAACAAAAGCAAAAUAUGAUGUCUUCUACUGUUACUAAUUCAACUACUGGUGUAAUGAAUGCUUCUAAUCUUUAUAGUAGAACUUCAGCAUCAACCAAAAAGCCUUCUGAAACACCCAAGCUUCAAUAUGUACCUUGUAUUCGACCACCACUUAAACCUACUACUCAUCGUGAACGUUUAUUAUGGUUUUUAUCACCUACGCCUGAAGUAGUUGAAGAUUUCAAAAUCGAACAAAUGCUGGAUAUUCAAAAAUAUUGGACUAAAUUUAAUGAUCAUGCGUCACGCAUUUAUUAUGAUAAGAUGACCGAUAUUUUAUUAAGCAAGAUUUUGCGACCUUUAUCUAAAUCAAUCGAAAUUUAUAGUCAUCUUCUUUCACCCGAAGGUGAAGGUGAAAAACGUUUAGCAAAUUGUCCUGCAAAAGCAAUUGCGCUUUCCUUAGUUCUUCCUAAUGCUAAUGAUUCUGAAUUUAGUUUAUAUGAAAUUGAAAAUUUUAUUAGCUUAGAAGGGUAUUUGAAUCUAGAUGGUAGACUCUAUAUUAUUGAACGUGUUAAAGAACUUGCAAAGAACAAUCGAAUGGCUGCUUAUAGAUUUACGCCUAAAUAUCCUGGAAUGCCUACAGAUGCAGACAUUAUUAUGCAUGUUUUUAAGUAUUAUUUGAGUAUUAGAGAGCCUUAUGCUAUUCCCCCACUUCUUCGCCCUGAAGGUGAUUUAUUUAAAUUCCUUUUGAUUUACAUUAAAAUUACACCAGAACUUAAUCAUUGGAAAUUAUUUGAUGAAAAUUAAAUACUCUUAUUAGAAUCAAAGUGAAUACUUUUUUUACUUUUUAAAAUAAAUAAACUUGUUUAUGCGCUUUAUUUAAAAA